ACCUGUGAAAUUAGCACAUCGAGUCCUGCUUUGCUCAUUAUGCCACAUAAGUGCAUUUUCUAUAAAACUAUAAAGUCAUAGAACUAUAAAAUGAAAAUAUUAUACUUAAAUUGCAUGCAGUCAUUCACCAGUGCAUUUUGUCAAACGAACUCGCUUGGAAUUAUGCAAUAAUCGUCAGCGUUCCCCCCAUCAUCAAAUUCAACAUUAUAAGUUGCACAAAAAGUAUGAAACUUCUUGUCCGAAUUUUCCAAAUAGAGACUAAAUUGCCGGAAUGAACGUAAUUUAUGAAUUUUCCUAUAUAUGUUAACUGAUUCAUAAUCAUUUCUGUACACCAAGGACACGCAAAAAAUGUUCUAACGAAAAAGCAAACCUUUAUUUUGAAAUUAAAGUUAAAAUUCUCCAGGGUUUAUUUUUUCGUCACCGGUAAAGGCGAGCGUUUGCGAGUGCCAUUGGUUCCACAUGGCUUUUGACCGCACCCCUUCAAGCUUGAUGGUCCGUCGCCUUGGUAACGGCCGUGUUUGACGGGUGGCGUUUGCAAGAAAAGGUGCCAAACUCAAAACAUGUCGUUUAAAAACAACUGGAUUGUAUUUCAUGCUGAAGUCAACAAAUGAUCGAGUCAAGAUGGUUGUGUUUUCACUUGUGCAACAUGAAUCAAACAAUGUGAGCGCUGCGCGGCAUGGUAAUAUAUUUAGUUUCUAGAAUAUAACGCGUCACGAAGAACCAACGUCGGGCUUUGACGAAGUCAGCAGCAAGUGGUGACGGGCAGAAGAAUUUCAAUAUAGAUAGAUCGUUCUUUUUGUUUUUUCAAUAAAGUUUGCUAAAUUGCGUGUGUAGUUACGAGCUCCACAUUAUUUUGUUUUUCCAUGGGAGGAUGGCAAACCAGUGUUAAAAAUGGCACCAGUUCAACCAGGUAUAAGGUUCACAGGGGCUUGGAGUCUAUCCCAUGCAGACGACACUCUGGACUAGACGCCAGUCAGUCACUGGGCACAUAUAAAACAGUCACUGAGUGGCGACUGAGAGUUCUCCAUCUGCUUGACGUUGGUCUUGCUCAGCUGCAACUGACCCGUGACUCCCGGGAGGAUGGCCGUCUCUGCUCCCCUGACACCGCUGCCCCUGACCCAGUUAGUGGAAGACGGAAGGAGCAGCGUGCCGAACCAUCUACUUGAAUCCAAAAUCUAUGUCAAAGAGAAGAGUAAUGGCCUGAUCCAAGUUGAUCCUUCUGAACUACAUUUCAGUGGCUUCAAGCUAGAGAAGGACUAUGUGAAGAGCGUGAAACUAAUCAACAUCUCAUCUAGAGUGCUAAAUAUUCACAUCAUCCCCACUCAAACCAAGCAUUUCCGAACCAACUAUGCCAAAAAGUGUCGACUGAUUCCUGGCCUUGCCUACACAGUGAAAGUCAAAUUCUGUCCCCAUGAGUGGACCCGUGUCUCGGACUGUAUUCGAGUUCACUGUGAGGACGAUGAGAACCUUUUAAUUCCAGUUCACGCUUACCCCGUCACCGCUCAUGUGCAUAUCCCGACACGCGUUGACUUACCAGCAGCACCGCUCGGACAGAGUGUUAGCCACAUCAUUCCAUUGAGGUGCAGAUCUCCCGCUGAUUUGGAGUUUGAAGUGAACUUCAUUGAGCCACAUGAGGCCUUUUCCAUCCACCCACUCACAGGUGUGAUCCCAGCCAAUGGUAAAUCAAAGAUCACUAUUACCUUCAAACCCUGCCGCUAUGAGACUUGUCAGGUUACCGUUCGACUGCUUGUCUCACAAUUCAACACCAAAUCCUACCUAUGUACUAUUACCGGAAGCUCCGUCCCUCUUCUUGCUUUCAGGGAGCUUGCUCUUCAGGGUUCAGCUGCCAAAAGUAAAGGAUCUUUACCAGCCAUCCAAGUCCAAAGUCCAGUCAAACAAAAGUUUGCCAAGGAUGUCAUCAAAACCAAGGGUGCCACAGGAGGUCCCACUGGGAGCAAGCCAGGACCAAAGCCACUUGUAGAUGCCUCCUCCCAUGGAGGGGUGGCAAAGAUGCUACACAAGGACAGUAGCAAACUUGGCGUCGAACAUCCAAACGAGGGUCUCCAGAAUAGGCAGAAGAAAGAGGCUGUUUUUCUAAAAAGGGUUCAACAAAAUGUAAAAGAAGAGCAAAUCAACCGCUUGAAAUUACAAGUACAUCUGGGUAAAGAUCCAGUGUCAGAUUCGACCAGGAGCCAAGUACUGGAGGACAGACUGGUUGCAUUACGUCAGUACCAGGUCAGGAAGGGAGAUGUAAGGCAAGAGGGAGACUUUACCAGCGGACCACCAAGACUCUACUCAAUACGACUCAUUUCUGACGCAGGGCAGGUCCCCAAGGGAACCCCAUCUUUCCAGUUUCACCCCAGCUUUCAGUGGGCGCUUAAACAGAGGGCGCUAAAACGCUUCCAGCAAGCAGCACGCAGGGUUUUGAUGCAGUGUCGCAUGAAGCGGAUCCUGGCCUUGUGGAGGAAUCUCCCGGGCGCUGUGGCAGGCUUGAUCUCGGCCAACAAAGUCGAAAAGGAGGAGGCAUGUGUUAUGAAGAUCUCCCCAGAAAGAAUCUUUCCAUCUUCCUUCCCACUUUUCAUAGAUGAAGCUGAUCCACUGGCUCUUGACUUUUCCGCUUUGCCUGUGGAUGAUGUUGAUGUGAGGGUAACAACUCAUGUUCCUACCUUCAAGCUCCAAGUUCCUCAGAACUACACGCUAAUAGGCUACCAGCCUGUGUCAGCCUGGGAAGCCUUUAAUGCCUUCAUUCCAGUAUCCUUAAUGCCUCCACUACGCACCGGAGAUUCAGUGGAUGGUUCCAUGUCACCCACACCAGAGGAUGAGAAUGAGCAAGAUGCCAUUGAUCUGAAUUUCACUUUCCCAAGCGCUCUCCUUCGUCCCACUCAUGCACACCCACUCAGAAUUUUUAACCCAGCUCCUGGCCUCCAGGCAUACAAGCCAACCCCUAAAUACCUCGAAAGCGAUGUGGACUUUCACCUCUGCCCGUUGCCUCGUUAUUCAUCGCCUGCAGGCCACACAAGUGGGAUGGAGUCACAAAGCUUACAAAUGCAAACUCUGGACCCAAAGGGAGCAAUCACAGGGUUGAAGACAUGGGACAAUUUCGAUUUGGUAACUGCAUCAUGUGUGUCCAGACAGGCUGCUCUAACCAGCAACAUUCUGCAUGGUUCUGCCAAUUAUAAUAAAGACGUCCUUCCUAUGACAUCACCUGCUGCUUUCGCCCAGCCUCCUGCUUAUCUUUCUGGAUGUACAGACAAAAGAUGUGAAGUGACGCUAACACCAGAGAUGAUCAAAAGAGUAUUCCUUUCUGGGUUCCACUGACAACCUUCCAUAGGGGAAGCACCUGGCACCAAAGGAAUCAUCUAGUCUGGGUUCCGACAGAUGAGGAAACUGAAGACCCCAGUGAUUUUCACAAGACCGACUAGCACCCCUCACACACGAUUUUUGCACACUUUUACAGUAAUAAAAAAAAAAGAUGCUUUUUUCAAGGGUACAA